UCCCUCUCUGUUUUUCGCCGUUACUACUUUUCCCAACGCGAUCCAUUAAAACUUUUCCACUGGACAGGGUAUAUACUUGUUUUGUUUGAAAGAUAAAGAUGGCACAAGCUCAAGCAAGACCAGCACCUUCGAAUGCUACAUUCAAGGAUAAGGAAAAGCCCCAGGAAGUUCGUAAGAGUAACAUCUUGGCUGCAAGAGCAGUUAGUGAUGCAAUUAGAACUUCAUUGGGUCCAAAAGGUAUGGAUAAAAUGAUUAAAACUAAAAAUGGAGAAAUUAUUAUUAGUAAUGAUGGUGCUACUAUAUUAAAACAUAUGGCAGUUUUACAUCCAGCCGCUAGAAUGUUGGUUGAUGUUAGUGCAGCACAAGAUGUUGAAGCCGGAGAUGGUACCACAUCCGUUGCUAUUUUAACCGGAUCAUUAUUAGGAGCAGCUGAAAAAUUAUUAAAUAAAGGAAUUCAUCCAACUUUAAUUGCAGAUUCUUUUCAAAUUGCUGCUAAAAGAACUUGUGAAAUUUUAUUAGAUAUGUCUCAUAAAAUUAAUUUAAGUGAUCGUGAAAUAUUAAUCAAGGCUGCUUCUACUUCAUUAAGUUCUAAAAUUGUUUCUCAACAUUCUUCUUUAUUAUCUCCAUUAUCGGUGGACUCUGUUUUAAAAGUUAUUAAUGAAGAAGAAAAUAAUGUUGAUUUAAAUGAUAUUAGAUUAAUUAAAAAAUCUGGUGGUACAAUUGAUGAUACUGAAUUAAUUAAUGGUGUUGUUUUAACUCAAAAUGUAUUGAAAUCCGCUGGUGGUCCAACCAGAAUUGAAAAAGCCAAAAUCGGUUUGAUUCAAUUUCAAUUAUCUCCUCCAAAACCCGACAUGGAAAAUAACGUGGUUGUUAAUGAUUAUAGACAAAUGGAUAAAAUUUUGAAAGAAGAAAGAGCCUAUUUAUUGAACAUUUGUAAAAAAAUUAAGAAAUCAAAGUGUAAUGUUUUAUUAAUACAAAAAUCAAUUUUAAGAGACGCUGUUAAUGAUUUGGCUUUACACUUUUUAUCAAAAUUAAACAUUUUGGUUAUCAAAGAUAUUGAAAGAGAUGAAGUUGAUUUCUUAUCCAAGGCAACCGGUUGCAAACCAAUUGCUGAUAUUGAUAGCUUCACUGAAGAUAGAUUAGGUUCUGCCGAUCUCAUUGAAGAAAUUGAAUCUUCCGGCUCUAAAAUUGUUAAAAUCACCGGUGUUAAUUCAAAAAAUAUCAAACCAACUGUUUCAGUCAUAAUUAGAGGUGCUAAUAAUUUGGUUUUGGACGAAACUGAAAGAUCUAUUCAUGAUGCUUUAUGUGUUAUUAGAUGUCUUGUUAAAGAAAAAGCUUUAAUUGCUGGUGGUGGUGCUCCAGAAAUUGAAGCCCUGAGAAUUUUAAUGAAAGAAGCUAAUAAAAAAUCAGGAGUUGAGCAAUUUGUUUAUCAAGAAUUUGCCCAAGCUUUAGAAGUUAUUCCAACUACUUUAGCUGAAAACGCUGGUUUAAAUCCAAUUAAUGUAGUUACUGAUUUAAGAAAUAGACAUGAAAAUGGUGAACAAAAUGCGGGUAUCUCAGUAAGAAGAUCUGGUGCUUCAAAUACUUUUGCUGAACAUGUCUUACAACCAGUUUUAGUUAGUACUUCAUCAAUCACUUUGGCUUCUGAAUGUGUUAAAUCAAUCUUACGUAUUGAUGAUAUCACUUUUGGUCGUUAAGUCUGCUUUUUUUUGUAUACACUAUUCAUUUCAACUUCUCUCAUAUACCAU